AUGGAUAAAAUUAUUGAGCUCCAAACCCUUGAUGAUGAGGUACUUCAUCUCAGACGUAAAGGUUUGGAAUCAAAGUUAGCGAGCGACUUCGAUCGCGACAAAUAUGAGUUGGCUAGAGUUGGAAAGAAACAAGUUUUGAAGCGGAGAUUUGGGUUGGUGAGCAUGACCGGUCUGACGUGUGGGUUGAUGUGCACUUGGGAAAGUUUGCUAGUGGUGUUCCUCAUAGGAUUCCAAAACGGGGGACCUGCGGGACUCAUAUAUGGCUUCUUCCUGGUGUGGAUCGGCAAUCUCUCGGUUUUUAUUGCAAUCGGUGAACUAUCCUCGAUGAUUCCCACUGCUGGGGGACAGUACCACUGGGUCUCGCUCCUUGCGCCUCUAUCGAGUAGGAGGUUCUUCAGUUACAUAACAGGCUGGCUUACCGUAAUUGGCUGGAUUGCAGGCCUCACGGCAGCUUCAUAUUUUGUCGCAGAGCUAAUUCUAGAUUUGGUUACCUUAAGCAUUCCAGAAUUCGAGCCAACAGGAUGGAAUGGAACUCUGGUUCUCUGGGCAACUCUUUUGCUUUGUGUCAUCAUCAACGUAUUUAUGAGCUCUGCGCUCCCAUCGAUCGAGGUCCUCGUCUUGAUUGUUCACAUACUCGGCUUCUUUGGUAUAAUCAUUCCCUUGGUCUACCUAACGCCUUCUUAUAACUCUGCCAAGGAUGUUUUCACUACCUUUUAUAACUACGGCGAAUGGCAGACGAAAGCUUUGUCUUUCUUCAUCGGUAUUCAAGGGAAUGCUUUAGCUUUCGUUGGUACGGAUUCGGCUGUGCAUAUGUCGGAAGAAGUCAAGAAUGCCAGCACUGACGUCGCUCGAUCCAUGGUGAUAAGCCUGGUUUUAAAUGGAUUUCUUGCGCUCGGUAUGCUUUUCGCAGUUCUUUUUAGCUCCCCUCCGAAUAUCAUGGAGCUUGCUGAGAAGCACAAAUUUCCUUUCAUCCAGGUCUUUGCAAAGACCGUCGGAUCAAAUGGAGGAGCGGCAGUUAUGAGUAGUAUCAUCAUUGUGCUGGAAUUCUGUAGUGCACUUGGUUGCUUAGCUGCUGCUUCCAGGAUGACCUGGUCGUUCGCUCGCGAUCGUGGCCUUCCUUUCUCACGCAUUUUAAGCAUGAUCGACAAGCGGACCACCAUCCCUGUUGUCGCUAUCAUGACAGUGACAGUCUUCUCUGCACUGCUAUCUCUCGUAAAUAUAGGGAACGAUACUGCUUUCGCCGAUAUUGUUUCCCUUGUUCUUGAAGGAUUCUAUAUUUCCUACCUGAUAGCGAUCGGUCUCCUCCUUUGGCGACGUCUCCGCGGCGAUAUCAGAGAGCCUGACUCCACGAAUCAAAGCACCUUCAACUCGACAGAACCGUCAGAAAGCAUACACUCAAGUCUGACGUGGGGUCCAUGGCGCUUGAAAGGCGCCCUCGGGAUCGCGAACAACAUAUUCGCAUGUUCGUACUUGCUCCUCCUCAUAUUCUUCAGCUUUUGGCCAGGGGCAAGGACCGUGGAUGCCACACAAAUGAACUACGCUGUUUUGGUUACUGGAUUUGUAGUACUGUUUAGCAUCUUCUACUAUCUAGUGCUGGCGAAGGAGAAAUAUACUGGGCCUAUUGUCGAGGUGGACUUACACACAUUGUGA